AUGGGUGGUUCUGGAAGAUGGUUUAAGUCACUUAUUUCUCUCAAAAAGCUCUCCACGAACGAUCAAGAGAAGGGUAGUGAUAAGAGUAAGAAAAAAUGGAAGUUAUGGAGGAGUUCUUCAGAAGGCUUUGGGUGUGGAUCCUCCAUGAAGAAAGCGCAUGGCGGUGUUGCUUCUGAUAAGCCUUGGUGUUCUUCGCUUGUGGUGGAUGAAGAAGCAUUUGCUGCUGCAGUGGCCACUGUUUUAAGAACUCCACACAAAGACUUCAUGAUUAUCAAGCAGGAAUGGGCUUCCAUUCGUAUUCAGGCUGUGUUUCGAGGCUUCUUGGCAAGAAGAGCUUUGAGGGCCCUGAGGGCAGUGGUGAGGCUGCAAGCUAUAUUUCGUGGUAGGCAAGUGAGAAAGCAAGCAGCUGUUACUCUAAGGUGCAUGCAGGCUCUUGUGCGAGUUCAAGCACGUGUCAAGGCAAGGAAUGUGGAGACACAAGGGAAAGCUGUGCAGAAACUAUUAGAUGAAGCUGAUCCUGUUAAGCAGGCUGAGCAAGGGUGGUGUGACAUUCCAGGAACUGUGGAACAAGUUAAAACAAAACUACAAAUGAGGCAAGAAGGAGCAAUUAAGAGGGAUAGAACAAUGGCAUACUCUCUCUCUACCCAGCAAUCAACAGUGAGUGCUAGUCCAAAUUCAACAGCUUCUAAGCCAGUGACUCCUCUCAAGCACCGCAGCAUAGAUAGUAAGAGCUUGUUAGAACGCUGGAUUGCAGCCAAGCCAUGGGAGAGUAGGUUGAUGGAAGAGGUACAUUUUGAUUCACCUGACAUGACUCCAAUGUCCAGGAAAAGUGAUGAUCUUCUCCCCUUUAAUCCAUAUCAUCAAAAUGGCUUAGUCAAAGCAAGAAGGAAUGGUGUGACAACAAGGAUUUCAACUAAAUCUGUUAAAACUAGUCAAUCAACUCCAUCAUCUUCUGCCAUAAGCUCUGAAUGCAUGUAUGAUGAUAGCCCUGUAUCGACUUCAUGUACAUCUGGAUCACAAUCUCUACCAUCUAUCAACACUGUCAUGGUGGGAGCCACAGAGGAAAGGAAUAUUGAUAAACCAAACUACAUGAAUCUGACAACAUCAACAAAAGCUAAACUGAAAGCUUGCAGGUGUUCUUCUCAGAAUUCAAAGAGACUCUUUAUGGAUGAUUGUCUGUCUCAUAGCCCGAAAACAGACUUUCUAAAUAGAGAUACUAGAAGCUGUUCUGGUUCCUAUCCUUCGGUUAAUUCAUGGAAGGAUCUAUAUGCAACACCUCUAAGGGCAAGUUAUCACAAACGAUAUACUCUUGGAGAUAAGUAG